AUGUCACGAACCCCAUUACUAUUCAACUGCCUAAUAAGAACCCACCAUAUAACAUCCCGCAAAAAGCUCUCGCGCGUUCGCCGCGCAGCUCAGCAGCUCAACAUAGACUGGCUUCUCGUGCGCAGCGGCGGCUCGCCGGGAAUAAUGUUCGCCGAAGCGCGCGACGAGGCGGGACUGACGGAGUGGGUGUCCACGGUGCAGGCUCUACGGUACAAAGAUUUCAGAUGCGUUGCGAAGCCGGCGCCUGUGCUUGUGUCAGAGGGUGUAAGAAGGGCAGGGUUUGACGAGACGGGGGAGGUGAAGGAGUUUGCAAAGUUCAUGGAGGAGAGGGGAUUGGGGGAGUGGUGGAAGAGGGGCAUGGGGUUUGUUUGA